AUGUCGGACCCUCGGGUUAUUAAUUUCGCCUGCUUUGUUGCCGGUGCUGCUGCCUGUCUUCUAGUCUCCGAUGCCUUGAACAAAAAGACUGGCAGAAACGAUGGUGCAUCCGCGGAAGGAAAGGAUCUUUCCCUAUUUUACGGAGACGAGAAAGAGCUGACCACCAUCACGGAUUCUCGAAAGUUCUUGCCGUCCGAUGUCUAUGGGGAAUUGGUGCGAAAGUGUGUCGUUUGUUGUGUCGACAUUGUCGUUGUUCGCAGGGAUAAGGAAACUGGAAAGAAACAAUGCGUCUUGGUGGAGAGAGCCAGUGAGCCAGCCAAAGGAGUAUGGUGGUGGCCUGGAGGUAGAUUGCUGAAGGGCGAAACAUUCUUUGAUGCUGCAAAGAGAAAGACGCAACAAGAGACUGGUUUGAAAAGCAUUACUCCGAUCCAAGUCCUCGGUGUCUGGAACACUUUCUUCCCAGCAAGUGCUUGGGAUUCUCAGGAAGAAAAGGGAACUCAGACAGUGAAUGCAAUCGUUCUUGUUGAACUUGGAGGCGAUGAUAAUGAUAUCGUGUUGGAUGCCCAGAGCGAACGGUGGCGUUGGAUCGGACUGGAUCCAGAAGAAGCAAAAGCAAAUAGCGAAGACAGAUAUGUCAUCGAGGCGCUAGAGAGACUGGAUACAUGGAACCCAUCGUACAAGAACUAG